GUAAAAGCUGGCGAAGUGACCUACGAUUUCCCGCUUGAUACGGAAAAACGAAGAGCUCUGUGGAAAGAAGAAGACAAAAAAUAUGCCUAUGUUUUCAUGAAAAAGGGUUUUGAAUUUGAAUUUCCAAAUUUGUUCGAGAAAUGUGAGGAAACGGAGAUGUGGCAGAGAGCGAAAGAAAAGCUUCCGGAUGCGAACAACGAGGAGUACAUCAACCGUGGCCGUGAUGGUAUUGGCGAAUUCCUUCCCUGA